AUGCUUGCUUCCCGGUUCUCCCGUGCGCUUCCUCGUGCGGUUCCGUCUUUUGCUCGUUCUUCCUCUCGUUCCUCCGCUUACAAACUCCCUGCUACACCAUUCCGAAGAUGGAACUCAACAGAAGGCGGAGAGGAGAAGGUGAAGGGCCAAGUUAUCGGUAUCGAUUUGGGUACCACCAACUCCGCUGUUGCUGUGAUGGAGGGCAAGACCCCAAGAAUCAUUGAAAACGCCGAAGGUGCACGAACAACUCCCUCAGUGGUUGCUUUCACCAAAGAUGGUGAGCGGCUUGUCGGUAUUGCCGCUAAACGACAGGCUGUUGUUAACCCUGAGAAUACCCUCUUUGCAACUAAGCGUUUGAUCGGACGCAAAUUCACCGAUCCCGAGUGCCAGCGUGACUUGAAGGAAGUUCCUUACAAGAUCGUUCAACACGCUAACGGCGACGCAUGGGUUGAGGCUCAGGGCCAAAAAUAUUCUCCAUCCCAGAUUGGAGGCUUUGUCCUCCAGAAGAUGAAGGAGACUGCUGAAGCCUAUCUUGGCAAACCCGUCAAGAACGGUGUCGUCACAGUUCCCGCCUACUUCAAUGAUUCUCAACGUCAAGCUACCAAAGAUGCCGGUCAAAUCGCCGGUCUCAACGUUCUCCGUGUUGUCAAUGAGCCUACCGCUGCUGCUCUUGCCUACGGUCUCGAGCGUGAGCAGGAUCGCGUCGUUGCCGUCUACGAUCUUGGUGGUGGUACUUUCGACAUCUCCAUUCUUGAAAUCCAGAAGGGUGUGUUCGAAGUCAAGUCCACCAAUGGUGACACUCAUCUUGGUGGUGAGGACUUCGAUAUCACCCUUGUCCGCAACGUUGUGCAACAAUUCAAGAAAGAGUCCGGUAUCGAUCUCUCAAACGAUCGCAUGGCUAUCCAGCGUAUUCGUGAGGCCUGUGAGAAGGCUAAGAUCGAACUUUCCUCCGCUCUCCAAACUGAAAUUAACCUUCCCUUCAUCACCGCUGAUUCCUCCGGUGCUAAGCAUAUCAACUCCAAGAUGACUCGUUCUCAGCUCGAGGCUCUCGUUGACCCUCUGAUUUCCCGCACUAUCGAGCCCGUGCGCAAGGCUUUGAAGGAUGCCAAUCUCCAGGCUAAGGACAUCCAGGAGGUCAUCCUUGUUGGUGGUAUGACCCGUAUGCCCAAGGUUGGAGAGUCCGUCAAGAGCAUCUUCGGCCGCGAUCCCGCCAAAUCCGUCAACCCAGAUGAGGCUGUUGCCAUUGGUGCUGCCAUUCAAGGAGCUGUCCUCGCUGGUGAGGUCACCGACGUUCUUCUCCUUGACGUUACUCCUCUGUCCCUCGGUAUUGAAACACUUGGUGGUGUGUUCACUCGUCUGAUCAACCGCAACACCACUAUCCCUACCAAGAAGUCCCAGACCUUCUCCACUGCCGCUGAUUUCCAGACUGCCGUCGAGAUCAAGGUUUACCAGGGUGAGCGUGAGCUCGUCCGUGACAACAAACUCCUUGGAAACUUCCAACUUGUCGGAAUCCCACCCGCCCACCGUGGUGUCCCUCAGAUCGAGGUCACCUUCGACAUUGAUGCUGAUUCCAUCGUCCAUGUCCACGCUAAGGACAAGUCCACUGGCAAGGACCAGUCCAUCACCAUCGCCUCCGGCUCCGGUCUCUCUGACACCGAGAUCCAGAACAUGGUCGACGAUGCCGAGAAGUUCGGUGCCCAGGAUAAGGAACGAAAAGCCGCUAUCGAAGCCGCUAACCGCGCCGACAGCGUCCUGAACGACACUGAGAAGGCCCUCAAGGAAUUCGAGGACAAACUCGACAAGACAGAGGCUGACCAGAUCAAGGAGAAGAUUGCCUCUCUCCGUGAAGUCGUCGCCAAAAGUCAGUCUGGCGAGGGCUCCAUUACCGCUGACGAGUUGAAGGCUAAGGUUGAUGAGCUCCAGAAUGCCAGUCUUACCCUGUUCGACAAGAUGCACAAGGCCCGUUCUGAGGAAGGACAGCAGCAGCAAUCCCAGCAAUCAAAUGAGGGCCAGCAGGGUGAUUCAAACCUAUUAACAGAAACCUUUGACCUGAUCGUCUCCCCGGCAAACUCCUUCGGCCGCUUAGAUAGUGCCUUCAACGGCGCCAUCUCGCGCGCCUUCUGCCUACCACACCACAACUAUAAUUCCUUCACACAUGCAGCACAGGACGUGCUAUAUGAACGCUGGCGCGGCUAUGCGCCGCCCGGUUCCUGUACGCUUGUCCCCUUUCCAGCGGAGAUUGCGUGGACAGCGCCAUGGGUCCAUUGUGUCCGACUAUGCGGAUGCCGGAGUGUGGAGGGGGUGGAGAGAGGGGGCAGGGUGCAAGGAGAAGGAGAUCGGGAAGGGGAUGGUGGGGAGAGGAAGAGGAUUGAUAGAGUUUUGAUGCCGCCAUUGGUGGUUGGGGUGGGGAAUGUUAGUAAGGAGAAGUGGUCGGGCCAGAUUGUGUUGGCUCUGAAGCAUUUUGUGGAUGCAUUGGAGAGGACUGAGAGGUGGAGGAGAUUGGAGUGGAGUAUGCUGGGUCGAGAGAGUUUUGAGGUUAAGAAGACGUGGCGUGAGAAGCAGAAGGCGUGGGGUGAUUGGUAG